AUGUUUAAAUAAAUAAUGUGGAGCAAAGAAUAGAACAGAAGAAAAAAUAUCAGAUAUUCAUAUGAUAUUUUCCCUUAACUUGAUAUUGAAAGUAAUUCUGAUUUAGUUAAUUACGAUUUACAUGCUUUUGUUGUUCAUUUGGGUUCUUAAAGUAAUAAAGGGCAUUACAUUACUUAUUUAAGAAAUUUAAAACAUGGGACUAAUAAAAAUUGGAAUCUUUUAGAUUACGGUAUGAUUAUUAAUUUAAAUACCAAUGACGCUAAUGAAAUAGCAAAAAAUUUUGCAGAAUCUGAAACGCCUUACAUGCUCUUCUAUGUAAAUAAAGCAGAGAAAAAAUUAGAUUUAGAAAAAAAUACAGGAGAUGCCAGUGUUUUAAAUAAAGCUCGAUAAUAGAAUGGAUAUUUUUAUGAGGUAAAUUCAUAAUCUGAUUAAAAAUAAUAAUUACAAUGCUCAAAUAUAAACUAAAGUUUUAGAGGUCCUUGUGGAGGAAAGACAACAGGACUUGUCUAUAUCCAAGAAAAAAUGCGAGAAUAUGGUUUUUAAGUAUUUAUAGUUCCUGAAGCAGCUACAUUAAUAGCAAAUGGAGGAGGAAUGCUUUGUAUGGACAAAUACAAUAAAACAUAAUAAAUUGCUUUCCAAACAAAUUUGUUAAAGUUAUAAAUUCGCCUAGAAAACGUAAUGGUAUCAAUUGCAAAUUUGACAAAAAAAAAUUCUAUUAUACUUUGUGAUAGAGGUCUUAUGGAUGGAUCAGCCUAUAUGGAUUCUCAAGAUUGGAAAUAAAUGCUCGAUAUGAAUAGUUUAAAUGAAGUUCUUAUGAGAGAUGAUAGAUAUGAUUUGGUUUUGCAUCUAGUUACUGCUGCAGUUGGGGCUAAAUAGUUUUAUAAUUAAAGAAACUCUGCAAGACAUGAAACUGUUGAAGAAGCAGAACGUAUAGAUCAAAGAACUUAAUAAGCUUGGUUAGGACAUCCAAAUCAUUAAAUUAUAGAUAAUAAUGCAAAAAAUUUUGAAGAAAAAUUACAAAAAAUGCUAAAAUUAGUCAAAAAAUGUGUUGGUAUUGAAGCUUCUGAAAAAAAAUACACUAGAAAGUUUUUACUUAAAUAAUAUGAAAAUUUAGUUCCUAAUCUUCCUUCAGAUUUAAUUACUUAAAGAUUUUUUAUUGAUGAUAUAUUUCUUGAUUCAGAUAAAAAUGUAGAUAAAGAAAAUAGAUAAUUUAGAAAAAUAAGAAAAAGAGGUUAGAAUUAAAAUUAUGUAUAUAUACUUUCGGCAGUUAUUACUUAAAAAUAAUAAUAAUAAUCAUAAAUCUAAUACAAAAAAUUGCUAAGUUAUAAAGAAUAUGCUUUAAUGUUAAGUAAUGCAGAUCCAAAAAGAAAUAAUUUACUUACUAUAAGAAAUAUCUUUAUGUAUUAGAAUAAUAGAUUUAUGCUUGAUACUUAUUUGAAUGUCAAAGAAGGUUUCAGUAUUUUGAAAGUUCUUUUAGAAAGUGAAAAUUAAAAAUUCCAAUUACCUCCUUUUUUAGAUAUUGUUUCAGAAGUUACAAAUGACUAAGGAUAUAAAAGAUCUUAUAUUUCUAAAAAAGAUUGGUAUUUUUCAUAAUAAGAUGAAAAGUUAAUUUAGAAAAAAAUAUUGAAUAGUAUUUUAUAUGUUAUCUAUUUAGAUUUUUAAUCUAACUUUAUUUAAAAAAAAAAUAUUUUAAAUAAAUUAUCAUUACUUUAUUUUUAUUCUUUUGUUUUUCUUAUUAAUGUAGUUAAAUUAUAUUUUUAUAUUUAAUUUUAAUUAAAUGAUUAUUUCUAUAAUUAUUGUUUUAGAAGUUUUAUUCUGAUUUUAUAAUUUAAUAAAGAAAUAAGAAACAAAGAUUACUUAAUAAAAAUUUUGUUAAUAGAAUCCUAAAAUUUAAACGAUUCUAAAGACAAAAAAAAAAUUAAAUAUACAAAACUAUAAAAAUAAUAUAUUUUGUAAAAAAUAAUAAUUUUAUUUAAAUGA